GUAUAUUGACACACACUCAACUGCUUCGAAAAUCUCUCUGCUCUCGAUUAUUCUUAAGCCCAUCACCAGAACUAAUCGAGGUAGAAUGGCAAGCAAUGGGUCAUCAGUAUCAAAUGGCAAGGCUCACCCCAAGUCUAGGCCGGGCAUUGCAACAGCUUUGGCGUUCGGCAAGGCUUUUCCUGACCAGCUGGUGAUGCAGGAGUUCCUUGUCGACGGCUACUUCAAAAACACCAACUGCAAUGACCCUGCUCUCCGCGAGAAGCUCGACCGUCUCUGCAAGACGACCACCGUGAAGAACCGUUACGUUGUAAUGUCAGACGAGAUCCUGAAAAAGUACCCGGAACUGACAGUUGAAGGGUCCGCAACAGUUCGACAGAGGCUGGAGAUCGCCAACAAGGCCGUGACGGACAUGGCAGUAGAAGCCUCGGAGAAAUGCAUAAAGGAGUGGGGUCGCCCGGCCUCGGACAUCACCCACGUCGUGUACGUUUCUUCAAGCGAGGUCCGAAUGCCGGGCGGUGACCUGUUUCUGGCCUGCGGCCUUGGCCUCCGCCCUGACGUGAGCCGUGUGGUGGUCUACUUCAUGGGCUGUUCGGGUGGGGUCACGGGUCUCCGGUUGGCAAAGGACCUGGCUGAGAACAACCCGGGCAGCCGUGUUCUGCUCGCCACAACAGAGACGACCUUGGUGGGCUUCCGCCCGCCCAACCCAGAGAGACCAUAUGACCUGGUUGGGGCCGCUCUGUUUGGAGACGGAGCUGCAGCCAUGAUCUUGGGGACCGACCCAACACCACAAGAGAAGCCUUCGUUUGAGCUGGACUGGGCCGUGCAACAGCUUCUGCCAGGUACUGAUAAGACCAUCGAUGGGAGGCUCACAGAGGAAGGCAUCAUCUUCAAGCUGGGGCGUGACCUGCCUCAGAUUAUAGAGAAUAAUAUUGAGGACUUCUGCCAGAAGCUCAUGAACAAGACCGGAUUGGCGAAGAUGGAGUAUAAUGACCUGUUUUGGGCCGUUCACCCGGGUGGGCCGGCCAUUCUGAACCGGUUGGAGAAGAAGUUGGGGCUUCUGCCUGAGAAGCUCAAGUGCAGCAGGCAGGCGCUGGCGGACUUUGGGAACGUCAGCAGCAACACGAUUGUAUACGUGUUGGAGUACAUGCGAGCGGAGAGCCUGAAAAAGACGACUGCUCAUGAGGACAAGAACAAUGAAUGGGGCCUUAUUUUGGCCUUUGGCCCCGGCAUCACCUUCGAAGGCAUUCUAGCUCGGAAUGUUAUGGCCUGAUUACUCGAUCCAUCCUUGCAGAGUAAACUGUGUGAAAGUUGUGUUUUGUUAGAUUUGUGUCAAGUAAAAUACCUUGCUAGAGCUCAAUUGAAAUUCCGUACUAUACACUGUAUCUAAUAAAUGACUCCAAUGUAGAUCAUAUUUUGAUCUGCAAAUGCUUUUUUUAAUAUAGAAAGUGCAUUAAGCUUUAGUGAA